AUGCUGAGGUCCGGCAGCAGCUGGAAACAGAAUCUGGCCAAAGCGGAGUUAGAAGCGGACAGUGUCGGGGGCCAGAGGCCGCGGCCCGGGCGAGGGGCCGGGGGAGGUCCGGGGAGGUGGAGCGCUGCUGGGGAAGCCGCUGGAAUGGACGAGACAAUCCGGAUUCUGGAGGAUCUAAACCUGAUUUAUAUCCGCCAGAUCGCCCUGAGCCUCCAGGACACUGAUUUCCAAAAGAAGAUUGACUAUGAAAUCCGAAUGCGAGAUGGGACAUGCAAAUUGUUGGCAGCCUGUACACAGAGAGAGCAAGCACUGGAGGCAGCAAAGAGCCUAUUGACCUGCAACACCCGCAUAAUGGCCUACAUGUCAGAGCUGCAGAGAAUGAAGGAAGCUCAGGUCAGACAGCGAAGGGUCAGACGAUCAUCAGAUGCAGGUUUGCUUAAAGAUCGAUUACCAUGCAAGGGCAAAGUUGCCAUAUCUGAUCUUCGUAUUCCCCUGAUGUGGAAAGACACCGACUACUUCAAAAACAAAGGAGAUUUCCAUCGAUAUGCUGUAUUUGCAUUAAUAAAGAUAGGCUGCGAAAUCUAUGAUACGGAGAUGGUGAUGGUUGAUCGCACCAUGACAGAUAUUUCUUUUGAAAGUUCCUUUGUGUUCUCCAACGUUGGGCCUGACUUUGAGAUGAAGUUGGAGAUUUACAGCUGUUGUGUAGAAGAGGAUUUCUCGAUGGCCAGUGCACCAAAAAAGCUUGCCAGCAAGCUCAGCACUUCCCUUGGACGCUCAACAGGGAAGAAGAUUCGAGCCAGCCUUGACAGCACUGGAGAAAGUAUAAUGGCCAAUGGUGGGAGCAGCCCCGUCAUAUUGCCAGCUACAGCUGUGGAGUACGUUCUCCAGAGAAUUGUAAAGUGUUACACCACAAAAUGAAGCAGCACAGUCCAUCUAAUGCGACACCAGCUCUCCCCAACCACAUCUCAGCUUGUUUUCAAGUGCAUUUGGCGAUGAGUAACAAAAUGUUGCCUUUGCCAGUGAUUUUCAAUUCCUUGAAAGAAUAAAAUAUGUCCCAGACCCCUGCCUUGAGUCCAGAAGAUGAACGAACAGAAGUAGGCCAUUCAGCCCAUUGAAUUUGCUCUGUCAUUCAAUGAAAUCAUGGCUGAUCUGAUAAUCCUCAACUACACUUUCCUGCCAUU